AUGCGCCGGGAUAGAGACAUCUUGACGCGUGCGUGAGUGAGUGAGUAAGAGAGAGAGGUGUCGUUAGUUUGUGAAUUUCAGUUCCCGUGAGUGAGCGAGUCGAUAGGACGCAUUCUCUUGGAGCGCAUUUUUUUUUGUUUUGUUUUAAGAAAAAAUUAAAUAUUCGGCUAAUCUCCCCGCGAAAACAAGGAAUAUUAUCGGGUUUUGUGAAGAGAAAGCGGUGAGCACAGACGUGUUCUUACACAGGAUGUCGGACACUCUUGUUCACAGGUAGAAGAAGUGUUGAGCUAGCGCUGCUAGCCCACUAGCAGCUUGAGAGAGCCGGGGGAGACGGGCCUGCUUGGGGGUUCAAGCCAGGCCCUAUUAGUGACUCCGCACCCCGAAAGUAGCGUCUACAGCCCGGUGGGACGGACAGUUCUCAGCGUCUGAGUCCGAGAGCCCCCGGCGGCUUUUCAAAGCGAUAAAAUGCGACAGGGGGGGAGAGGAAUACGGGUAACGCGCUAGCGCCUCUCGUCUCGGGCAGCCGGUCGGAGCUGUGAGCGCCUCGGGUCGGAGCCCUAAACUAAAGUUUGAGUGACCGGUUUGAGGAGCGCGGCCUCGGGCGGCCGAGGACACUUACUAAUACAAGAUGUCCAAGAUGCCGGCCAAGAAGAAGAGCUGUUUCCAGAUCACUAGCGUGACCCCUGCGCAGGUGGCCGCCAGCGCACCGGCCGAUGACACGGAGAGCCUGGAGGACCCGGACGAGUCCCGCGCCGAGGACGACGUGUCGCGAGCCGACGGGGAGGCGAGGGCGGCCGGCAGGAGUUCCCCGGAAGAGGCGCCAGGCGCCCAGGGGGAGCUGCUGGCGGGGCCUCCCAACGGCGGGGUCGCUUUCAGAAGUGCGGCGCUGGGGGGGGUCGGACCCCAGACCGGGGGAGUAGGGGGAGCUGGCGGUCUUGUCCCGGGGGCUUCCGGGGUGGUUUCCUCUCAGCCACUUCCUCCGGCCGCUGUCCCAGCGACCUCGGCGUCCACAGGCACGAGUAGCUGCACUUCCCGGUUCAGGGUGAUCAAGCUGGACCACGGCACCGGAGAGCCCUUCAGGAGGGGCAGGUGGACCUGCUUGGAGUUCUAUGAGAAGGAUGCGGAGAGCUCUGUUGGCUCCAGGACUGCGGACAGCCUCCGGCAUAUCAGUCUCUUGGAUCAUGCCUCGGACAGGGACAGCGGGAUGGGAACCACGGUGAGCUUGGCGACCGUCUCCUCCCUGCUCUCAGGACCGGGGCCAGAAACCGGUUUGGAAGGCUCCUUCGCCUCGGGCCUCCAGGUCUCUCCGGCUGAGCCACCCCUGCAGCAGAGUAGCGGCUCUGUGCUACCUGGUGCCUUCCAGCCCCCUGGGCACAUCACUGUCCCCGCGCAGCCUGCAGCCGCUCCACAGAACCUCCUCCCACCGGGACAUGAUGGCACACCCCCCAUUGCACCCCUGCAGCAGGUGCAGCAGCCUCCUGGCCCUCCAACCUAUGCGUACCCAGGUCAGCACUCACCUGCCCAUGUCCUUUCUACGCAGCCCACCACUCCGGGGGACUAUAGACAGCCACACGUUACGCUGCUUCAGCCCCAGGGGGUUGGUGGACCCCUGUCAUCUCCUGCCCAGGGUCCAUCUCCAGUCAUCACGCCAGCUGCUGGUGGUGCCCUUCCGCUGGGCAUCCCAGGCAAAACAUUGGACUCUCCAACCCCGGGCCUUGUUCUACAGCAGAAGCCUGUCGGCCAGUACCAGCCCUCUGGUGGUUCUCUGACCACUUCCUCCAGUGUUGCACCGAGCCCUACCCCCACGGAGCAGCCCCAUGUGGGUCGCGGGCCAGGCACGCAGGGCGCCGCCUUCAGCAGUCCAGUGGAGGACAGCCGGAGGCAGCCUGAUGCUCUGCCUCAUGGCCCUAUCUCCUUUGUGAUGGAGGCCUCCAAAGCAGAGAGCCUGCAGCCACCCCCAUCCCCCGUGAGCAACCUGUUUGGAAUCCCUAUAGAUGAGGAUGAUGAUGGUGCAUCAGGAGCCAGUGUGGUGGCCAUCGACAAUAAAAUAGAGCAGGCCAUGGACCUGGUGAAGAGCCACCUGAUGUACGCCGUUCGCGAGGAGGUCGAGGUGCUCAAGGAGCAGAUCAAGGAGCUGAACGAGAGGAACUCUGUGCUGGAGCGGGAGAACGCCUUGCUCAAGUCGUUGGCCAACAGUGACCAGCUCUCCCAGCUCUCCCAGGUGACGGCGCCCCCCCUUCAGGACAGCAGCCACACGGUGUCCCACCUGCUGCCCCAGCAGCCCAACGUGUCCUCAGCUUGAACGCAGGCCUUCCUCCCGCACCAGGGCAGAGUGCGGGGAACAAGAGAAGAGAGCAGAGAGCAGUAACUGUGAAAACCUUACAGCAAAGCGAGUCUCUAUUCUUGUUUGCCAGCAGCUUUGAAAGGCGGUGAGCGGCGCUUCAGUGUAUGUGCGUGUGUGUGUGUGCGCGCUGUUAGGCCUUCCCAGUGUUCGACAAUCACCCUUGCCGAGAGCUCGCCUGGGGGGGCUCUGCUGCCACCGCCGUUAGGGGACCAGAGGCCGCUCCGUUUUGCUUGCUGGGCAGAGAAGACGUGGCCUUCCAAGAAGGAGGUGGAACUAAUUCCCUCCUGGGUGGGGGGUGGGGGGGUCAGGGGAAGAAAAAGCCUUUUCACGUCGUAAGAAGUGUUGUCAGUAGGCAGCCGUACUUCAGCAGGAGUCCAAUCCAUGGGUCCAGUUUAUUUAUUGGAGGGCUGCUAUUCUCAUGGUGUAAACGAGCAACGUCUGUCGAGAAACCUCGUUUCAAAAUAGUGAAGUAUAACGUUCGUACGGAUGGGAGGUGCACUGGAGUAAACCAGCGUAAAUACACAGGCAAUAACAAAUGAAAUUCUGACGUUGUAACACUAAUGGCAGUUUUUACUGUGGGAUUCUUUACUAUAGUGAACAUCAAGUGCAAGUGUACAUUUGUGCAUAGCGUGUGAAGAGCAGAGCAAGUUGUAUAGGUGACACCAGAUCUUGUGAACUAAUGUCCAGUCACACUUUGGUCGGCUACUAUGAAAAUGUAAUUGCCAUACUCUCCCCCCCCUUUGAAAGAGGUCGUCUUCUGCAGACAAAACAUAUAUAUUGGGAUUUUUUUUGGGGGUGGGGGUGGAAAAGCUGUGAAAUUGUUUAACCUCCUUUGUAACCAAAGAUGCAAAGCUGUGUAAUUCCAUUGUUGUUUUGCGAUGCACACCUUCUGUAUUUUGAUUUUAGUCUUAUUUUUCUCUUUCACAACAAAAUAUUUUGUUGCUGUUUAGCAUGUUCUGCAUGACAUGUAAUCUUCAAACCACUUCCUUACCUCAUGUUUUUAUUCUUAUUGUAUCAUAGUGGUCUGUGAACGGUGACGACGGGGGUUAAACGGGGCAAAGAACUGACAUUGACAGUUU